GGAGGUAUCGUAAGCAUUGGGGAUCCCAAGAAGAAAUAUACCAGUUUUGAGAAGAUUGGACAAGGGGCUUCGGGUACGGUAUACACCGCGAUGGACGUAGCAACGGCACAAGAGGUUGCCAUCAAACAGAUGAAUUUGCAGCAGCAGCCUAAGAAAGAGCUGAUUAUCAAUGAAAUUCUUGUCAUGAGGGAAAACAAGAACCCCAACAUUGUCAACUACCUGGACAGUUACCUGGUGGGAGAUGAGCUGUGGGUUGUCAUGGAGUAUUUGGCUGGCGGCUCGUUGACAGACGUGGUAACGGAGACCUGCAUGGAUGAAGGACAGAUAGCUGCGGUGUGCCGGGAG